GGAAGGAAGGCACAGACAAAGGGAAGGAGCAAAGGAACAGCUCUUGGUAGCAGCAAACACGACUCCACCCUUCCAUGUUGAUAUCUCCGUCUCCAUCUCUCCCCUAUCUAUACACUCCGCAAACCUGCCCAGCGCGUUAAUGCACACGCGACCAUUGCCCCGGACCGUAUCCACGAAUACGGCUCCUAAGCCGAGGUGGACGCCCGCGACGCACGCCAAACGCCCUCGGCGACUCCCAUUGGCUGCGCAAAUCUGCAAUUGUCAAAGUCACGCCCAACCUCACCCUCCCCCCACGCGUUCACCAGCGAUUGCCCUGCAAACUUUGCGCACCCGAGUGAGGCUCAGUGUCUUGCGACAUGCUUCAGGGACCAGCUCAGGGCCCUUCCCUCACCGGGUUUUCGUCGGCAGACAGCGGCUCAGCUUCUGGCCCACUUCUGGAAAAAACCUCAACACCUAAGCGACGGAACGCGGAUGCAUUAGACCAUAGUUUCCACCCGAUCGGUGAUUUUCUCGGCGCUGUAAAACAGCCCUAUCCGGUCACCUAGCAUCAGCAAUUGGCCCGCCAAGCUCGGCGUCUGUUGCCAUCUGAAAUUCGGCCCUUCAAAGCCUGCGCUGAUCCGCCGUAGUGA